UACACACCAAAAGCACGGAUUAGCAAAUGAGAGAUUUAGAGCAAUUGUGAGAAAGAGCAAUCGUAAGAGAGAAAAAAUAGAGAGAUUAUCCAAGAAGAAAAAUUAAGUUUAAUUUUUCGGAUAUUCUUGAAUAGAGGGUUGUGAGUGUAUGUAAAUACUUUAUUUAUUUUUCUCACUGUGGCAGUCCGGAAACGUAGACAAGAUUGGCCGAACUCUGUUAUUAAAUUGUGUGUGUUAUUAUUUUACUCCUCAUAAAUCUGACUUCUCAGGGAUUUUCCGUAAUUUUUCCCGACAUAUAUAUGGAUCCGUCCUUAAGUAAGGCUAGUCAACUUGGAAGUAUUGAUGGGUUAUAUGCAGUGAUUCGGAAUAAUCCGAAUGCUUUAUCUAAUAUUGAUCAAAUCCCAUUUGUGGAUACUCCAUUACAUAUAGCUGCAUUUGCAGGACAUAUCCAAUUUGCAAUGGAGAUCAUGAGGCUAAAACCGUCGUUUUCUACCAAAUCCAACCAAGACGGGUUUGCUCCUAUCCACAUUGCAUUACAGAAGGGACAUAUUCAAUUGGUGCUUUGGUUGGUAGAAAAGAUUCCCGAUCUUGUUCGGGUUCAAGGAAGAGAAGGAGUAACUCCUUUGCAUUUUGUAGCUCAGAAUGGAAAUCUUCAUCUUUUGAAUAAAUUUUUGUCAGUUUGCCCAAAAUCUAUUGAAGAUGUAACUAUCAGAAAUGAGACUGCUUUGCAUGUAACUUUGAAGAACUCUCAGUUUGAAGCUUUUGAAAUUCUGAUGGGAAAGCUUCAGCAAGAUAGUGAUGAAGAGGCUAAUUACUGGAAGAAAAAGAUACUUAACUGUAAGGAUGUGGAAGGAAACAGUUUAUUGCAUAUUUCAGCAUAUAGAAAUCAACCUCAGGUGUUAGAAUUUCUGGUAGAAUAUAUCAAAUCAAAUGCUGGGAUGCUGGAAGUGAACGCCCUCAACAACGAUGGUAUAACAGCAUUGGAUCUUGCUCUACAGAAUUCAGACGCCGAGGUUCAAAGGCUUCUCAACCAAAUCAUCAGAGCAGAAAAUAUCUUGAAUAAUAAUAUCAAAGACACAACUACAAUUCCAAACCCAACACAAAUCCAAGUGAUAAAACCAACAGCAGAAUUAGAGAAUUUUGACCCAGUCGACCUAAAGGAUUCGGCAGAAUAUUUUAAGUUCGAAUAUGGAAAAAGCAGUCCUGAAAAAGCAAGGAGUGAUUUGCUUGUAGUAGCUGUUCUAAUGGCGACCGCUACAUACCAAGCAGUCUUAACCCCUCCCGGUACAACUACCGACAAAAAUGGCGUAACCAGUUCAUUGGAUCAUGUCACUUACUCAUUUUUCAUGUUCUUUAACAGUAUCGGGUUUUAUAUAUCCCUGAGUUCAAUCAUGAUACUCAUAAACAAGUUUCCAUUGUACAGGGAGUUUCAGUUCGCCUUGUUUGCCUUUUCAGCUACCUAUGGUUCUGCGGUAGUGUCAAAUUCGCCGAGUGGCCAAGGGUCUGAGAUUUUCUCAUGGAUUAUUUCCCUUGGAAUGCCAUUAUUUAUACUCUAUGUGGGAAGUUAUAUUAGAAUAUUGUACAAACAACGCAAGAAAGUAGCACUUGCAGAUUGGCGUCGUUUUGAGAAUCCUUGAGCAAGAAAGCUAAAGAUGCUGGCCGCAUCUAACACCUUCGAUGUACAGGUCCUUAGCACCAGGACCAAUGGAGAUACAAUCAUCACCGGUUUUAAUUACAGAGUUGAAGAUCACAACAUUGGUGGAGUAUUGAACAUGAAUACCAUCUGUG